AUGACCAAGUCAACUACCAAAGAUCCUUUCGCUGAUCAAGAAGUGACUGCAUGGAAGUCGCAAAAGGCUCGCGCCUGGGAGCAACGGCAUAUGAAUGCGGAACAGUAUUAUCUUCACCAUGUGGAUCCAGGCACGAUGAUUAACAUUGGACAAUUUAAUGUUGCAGAAAAGGAACAAUUUCAAGAAAGGCUUCACGAAUGGGAGGAGAGAAAUCUCGUCCAGAGUUCUACGUGGGGGGCAUUUUCUCUUUCAAUACCAGGCAGGACUGGAGUACAGUGCCGCGAACGCUACAAAAACAUGGUCAAGGAAGGGUAUACAAGCAGUUCAAACAAAUCUUCAUCCAUAACUACUGCGGCACUGCCUGACACUGAAUUAUCCGAGUCGUGGGAAACCCAGGAAACACGACAACUCGAGAACCACAUCGACUGCAUUCAUCAGCAAUCGCAUGGAAAGAGGUACUCCUUUUCUACUGUUGUUUACCGGGGGUUUCGAUGA